AUGGACCCGAAGUUCCGCCGCAAAACUCUGAGACUCCCAGACGCUUCUGAGACAUUAUUCCCAGUGUUGAUGAGGAAACUGAUAGUAAAUAUGAUUUAUGCUCUUGUUUUGAUCUCAAUGUGCUUGUGGCAUUCGGUUGAUGUCACAGAGGAAGUGAAGGCCAUAUCAGUGAUGGAGGGAGAUUCUGUCACUCUACACACCGGUGUUACUGCAGUACAGACAUUUUUGUGGAUACAGUGGAUGUUCGAAAACACUCGAAUAGCUGAAGCCAACAGACUCGCUCAAAACCGCGUAUCUUAUGAUGGUCCAGAUGGGAAAUUCAGAGAUAGACUGAAGUUAGAUGAGACUGGAUCUCUGAUCAUCAUAAACACCAGAACCACUGACUCUGGUCUUUAUAAACUAACGCUUGUCAUCAAAGAAAGCGUCUACAUAAAUUUUCAACUUACAGUCUAUGAAAAUUCAUCCAUUAACUUGAUGAACAACCAGACUGAUGAUGCCAACAUUACUGAUCUCCAUCAGACAAGUUCAGACUGCGUCUACUGUCCUGGUUUUCCUGAAACUGUGAUUCGAUUGGUCAUUUGUGCACUGGUGGGCGUGGUUGUUGUUUGCUUGGUGGUGUAUGACGUCAGAUCUACAAGAAUUGAGCUGAGACGGGCGGAGGAGACCAGGCAACACAAUCAGAUACGUGAAGUAAAACCAGAGCUACAGUCUGAACUGAGCAGAAAAAUGAGCUCCAGAUAUGUUUACUAAAGGUUGCUGGUGUAGUCCCAAAAAGAAAACUAGCAGCUGGAUAUUUUUUAACCCAUUAUUCUUCAUAUAUUUACCAUAUAUCGGUUUGUAUAAUGAUUUUACUGAGAUAGCUAAUUGGCUGUAAAUCCAGCUAUUAUUAAUAACUAAUUAAUAGCGAAACAAAUAAUGAUAUGGGAUGAUCUAAUAAGCUCUCAUUUCUCAUUAAGUCUCAUUAAGUUUAGGAAAGAGUGCAGAGAUUUUUUUUUUAUUCUAUCUCCACCCUCAGGUAUAAUAUAUGAUCUCAGAAAACAAAACCAGCCAUAAAGGUACAUUUUUUUGGAAGUUACUUCAUCUAAAAGACGGAUAAAUACGUGUUCCACUGAUGUUUGGUUUAUUUGGCUGAGAUACAAAUAUUUGAUAUCUGGAGAGUACAAAACAAUCAACAUGUUAAGAAAAUUGUCUUUAAAGUUGAACAAAUUAAGUUCUUAGCAAAGCAUUUCAAUGAUUUACAAUUAAGUUUUGAUAUAUUUACAGCAAAUGUACAAAAUGUCUUAAUGGAACAUAAUGGACAAGCUAAAGAACGCAACCUCCGAUUGUACAAUGUGUUUAAACAAAUGUUAUUUCACUUGAAAGUAGCAAAUACGACAUCUUUAAACUUUUAAAAGAAUGCUAGUGCUCAUGCUUUUGCCAUGAAAAAAAUUGUGUUACUUACAACCGCAAGAUAGAGCUAUAACCGUGUCAUUUGUCUUAGGAGACGCACACUGAAUAUAUAUAUAUUCAGUCAGUGUUGGGUAAAGUUACAUUUACAGGUAAUGUACAGUAUUACAAUCUUAAGAUAAUCUUAAACUUUAAAAAAAGUCUAAUAAAUUACCGCAAGAAAAGCAUAACACACUAAUAACUAAGUAACACAUUUAGUUACUUUUUUAAAAGUGACUCAAGAUUUUAUCCAAAUACCUUUAAAAGUAUCUUCACCAACACUGUAAAUAUUUUGAUACACAAUAGUAUAUAAAGUCUGAAUAAUAUGUAUAUUUACAGUUGAAGUCAGAAUUAUUACCCCCCCCCCUUAAUUAUUAUCCCCCUGUCCACCUCCCCCGCCACCCAUUUCUUUUUAACGGAGAGAAGAUUUAUAUAAUCUAUAUAAUUUAUAUAUAGCUUUAAGGGCCUAAUAAUUUUGACAUUAAAAUGUUUUUUAAAAAUUAAAAACUGCUUUUAUUCUAGCCGAAAUAAAACAAAUAAGACGUUCAAGAAAAAUAUUAUCAGACAUACUGUGAAAAUUUCCUUGUUCUGGUAAACAUCAUUUAGGAAAUAUAAAAAAAAAAAGAAU